AUGAAGACGAACAUGGCGCGACUGCGGGCGUCCAUCGCGGGGCUGGCUGCGCUCGCGCUGAUCUUCCCAGCCGUCGUCGGUGGACGGGAUCUGCGGCAAGAGGAGGAGGGAGAGGGUGCGGGUCCGACGACGUUCACCAUCGCGAGCGGGCCCUCCGCAUCAGCAGAGGCGGACUUCGGGUUCGCCACGGGCGGCGCGCAGGACGUCUCGAACUUCCGUGCCAACAUCAAAGCAGGGAAGCUGCCCCUGCCGACGGACGUCACGUUCGGCGGCGUCGUGAAGGACUACUUCUUCGACACGUCCAGCCCAGACCAGGCACCGUGCCAGGAGCUCUUCUGCCCGCGGUUCUCCUACGCGCUGUCGCGCCCGCCGAGGAUCUCGCCGCGCGCGGAGGGGGAUCCGGCAGUCCCGCGCGACCUCUUCUUGACCGUCGGACUCGACUCCGGCAUGACGGCGGAGCAGGCCGCGCGGAAGGACAUCGAUCUCGUGGUGGUCCUCGACAUCUCCGGGUCGAUGUUCAGCCCCUUCGACAGGUACUACUACGACCCCGACACGGGCCAGGAGCGCGAGCUCACCGAGGACGAGGCCCGCGUCACGAAGAUGAAGGUUGCGGUGGAGGCCGUCGUCGGCGCGAUCGAGAAGCUGCGCGGGAACGACCGGCUCGGGGUCGUGCUGUUCGACGACGACGCGUGCGUGCCGAAAGGACUGGAGCGGCUGGCGUGCACGGACGUUGACCGGCUGAAGCGCGAGAUUCGGCGGGACGUGGCGGCCAGCGGCGGCACCGACAUCUCCCUCGGGUACGACCGCGGCACCGCCGAGCUGCGGGGGUGCCGCGCGUGCAGCCGCGCCUCGCUCGCGGAGCGCGAGCGGCGCAUCCUGCUGGUGACCGACGCGCAGCCCAACCUCGGCGACACCAGCGAGAGCGGCCUCUUGGCGCGCAUCCGCGCCAACGCCGCCGAGGGCAUCUUCACGACGGUCAUCGGCGUCGGGCUCGAUUUCAACACGGAGCUCGUCGAGGCGCUGGUCGCGGUGCGCGGCGCGAACUACUUCUCGGUGCACACGCCAGGUGCGUUCAAGGAGCGCGUGGCGGACCGCUUCGACCUCAUCGUCAACCCCCUUGUAUUCGACCUGACGCUGGCCGUCGACCCCGAGUCGGUCAGCGCGGGCUGGAAGGUGCUUGCGGCGUAUGGCACGGGCGCGGACGAGGAGUUCGACGAGGGCGCGUCCGACAGGCCGCUGAUCGAGAUCCCGACGCUCUUCCCGUCCCCAAAGACCGCGGCCGGCGUCAGGGGGGGGGUAAUCCUCCUGCGCGUGAGCGCUCCGAACAACGACGGCGCCGCGGAGACGCCGCUGCGUGUCACUGCGAGCUACGAAGACCGCUCGGAGCAGCGCCGCGAGGUCACAAGGGACGUUCCGUUCCCUCUGGAUCGAAUGCCUGACUCAGGCGAAUUAUACCAGUCCUCCGGGGCGCGCAAGGCCGUUCUGCUGGCUCGCUACACGGACCUGCUCCGAGGCUGGCUGGCCGCGGAGUGGCAGCGCUGCGGGGCGCCGCCGGCGACGUGCUCGGCGGACGACCACGGCGCAUGGUACGCCCCAGCGCAGCAGUGCGCGACGUGGGCGGGAGGGCGGUACUGCGAGAACUGGCCGCGGGACGACCUCGUUCGCGCGGUCACCAAACAAGAGGACCAGUCGGAGGACGAGUGCGCGGUGCGCAGCUUCCUCGCCGUCCCCGGCGACGGCGCCGGCGGACCGUCCUCUCUGUGCAUCUUGCCGCUGCCCCCCCCCCUCGUGCGGCGGCUCGGGAGGUGGGAGCGCCAGUCGCGCCCGCUGACAGUCUCGGACGACAGCGCGCGGGCCCUGGAGCUCUUCGCGCCGUACCUCGCGGCACAAGCGCAGGCCGUCGGGGACCCCGAGCUCCUCGAAACCGAGCGCAACGUCCUGUCCUCCGUGCUGCAGCGCACCGGUGCCGGCAACGGCGACGGCGCGAGGCGCUGA